AUGUGGCCACCGUCUGGUCGAACAUUGACAAGGAGACUCAGAAACCAACCUGAAUGGCUGAGUUUGCCCAAAGCGUUCCGAUGGAAGGGAACGAACGUGGUUCGAAAGGCACGAGAUGAAGAGCUAUACGAACUAUUCAAUCAAGAUACUGUGGACAUGAUGAAUAUAUGCAUGUUUCAUGCGGCCAAGAAAGAGGUUGGAGAUUCGAGGACAGCAGAUGCAAUGAAGCGACUCCCACUGAUUAUUUGA